ACAGUGACGUUUCAACAAUGGCAUAUCAAACAAGGCGUGUUCUUCGGGUUGCAGCUUUGGCUUUAUUCUUAUUUACCCUGUUGCGUUUAUUCGAAGUUUUCAAACCACAACAACUCCAUCAAGCUUAUCUAAGAAUUUCUUCAAUUUCCUCAUCUUUAGCGUUUCAAAAUACAGAAGAUUUCAGUACGGCAGCUGAAAAGACACAAGAAAUUCACAUAGUAGCAGCUGUUUGUGGCAAUCGUACUACUCAAGCCUUAGUUAUGAUGAAAUCUGCACUGAUUAUGUGUAGUAAUUUCAUCAGAUUCACCUUGUUUGUCGACAGCCAAUCAAGUGGCAUCUUGAAUCAAACAAUACGACUCUGGCCCGGCAACAUUUUAAAACGUAUGUCGUUUGAUCUACGUCCGUUCAGUUACCCUGACGAUGAUGGCGCUGAAAUAUGGAAGAAAUUGUUCAGACCUUGUUCGUCUGCAAGGCUAUUCUUUCCAAGUUGGCUUAAGGAAGUGGAUUCAAUAUUGUACAUGGAUGUCGACGCUGUUUUCCUCAGUUCUCCAUUGCACAUUUGGAAACACUUGACCAAAAUGAAUCACGUGCAAAUGGUUGCUCUCGCUCCUGAGAAACAGAGUUAUGUAACGGGAUGGUACCCACAAUUAGCAAGACACCCAUUUUACGGAAAAUUCGGUGUCAAUACGGGAGUGAUGCUGAUGAAUUUGACCAAAAUGCGACAAUUUGGUUGGGAAAAACACAUCGUUCGCGUAUACAAAGAGUACAAAACAAAGAUACAAUAUGGUGACCAAGACAUAAUAAAUGUCUUUUUCCAUUUUCAUCCUGAAAAGCUUUACGUCUAUCCUUGCAACUAUAACUACAUCUCACAUCAGUGUGCCGAAACGAGCCUUUGUAAAGAAGGGGAAAAACAAGGAAUCCAUAUCCUUCAUGGAAAUGCAGAUGCUUUUGUUAGCGAAAGACUUCCUGCCCUAAAGGCAAUCUAUACUUCCAUCCAACAGCAUUCCUUUGGUGACAGCUUACAAAUGUUGUUUGCCAAUAUGAAAAACAAUCUUAUGAAAACUCCAACUUCAAACUCCAGCUGCCGUGACGUGAUGAGCACCUUGCCCAUGCUCUCGGUGGUUAAUUAAAUAUGCACCACAGUGCUGAGCCAAUAUGAGAAUUGUUUAAUGGAAAUUGUGUAGUUACAGUCGUGUAUCUGUAGCCUACCCUACUUGUAUGAACUGGUGUGACAAAUUACUAUCAGCUUCAACGUUUGGUUUGUUGUGUUUGUUUGUCAGUUUUCUCUUUUUGUUUAUUUCUGUUUUGUUUUGUUUGCAUUUCUUUCCUUCUUUCUGUGUCUUGUUUUAAAUUGGGUUUUGCUAUUGAAAAUAUUCGGCUGUUUAGUGCCAGAAUAUAGUAGGCUGCUUUGUCUGAUGCACAGCAGGUGCAAUCUUGGUAUUUGACUAUUGAUUUGUUGAAAUGAAUGCGAAUGAUCGCGUCAUUUGGCCUGCACCGAUGAAAAAUAGACCAUUUCACUUAGCUAAUCGUAGAUUCCCAUUGUGUGUCUUUACCCACCUUGUAGCUACCCACUAUAUAGUUUGUGCAGAGUACUAGCCUAUGUGAAGAUCACUGGGAUGACGUAGCAUAUUUUGCCACGAUGUGACAUACACGUACCUAUGGUGGUCGGCUUCGAGCCAAGACCCGU